UGGGGCACUAUUUCACCCACUGAUAUCAAUUGGGUAUAAUUUCCGCCACUUUACACCAAUGAAGAGGGCACAAUUCCUUCCAAUGACAACCAAUGAUGAGGCACAAUUCCUCCCAGUGACACAAAUGAUAGGGUCCAAUGAUAUCAAUGAUGGGGCAGAAGUCCUCCCACUGGCACCAAACAAAGAUUUUUUUCCCACUGAUGUCGGGACCUUUUCUACUCCCAUUGGCCACAAAAGUUUGGAGACCCCUGAA